GCUCGUCCUACCUGGGCCUCGCACUCCACGACUGUUUCUCGGCGGAGACGUACCACACGCCUGACUGGCACCCGUUGGUGAACAUGCGGAUCUAUCGUUCGAUCGCGAUCUUUUACGCCUUUGUGACGAUCAUCAACGGCGGACGUUGUCGAGCCGAGACAUAUACGGUGACGGACGUGGCGUACUUGGACGUGGAGAUAGCCGGCAAAGAGCUGGGAAGGAUCGAAAUCGGUCUUUUCGGCAUCGUCGUGCCGAAAACGGUGACAAACUUUAUCGCCGUGCUCACCGAAGGUAUCGACGGCCGUACGUAUGCCGGCACCAAAUUCCAUCGGGUUUUCAACAAGUUUGUCAUUCAAGGUGGAGAUAUACUGAACAACGACGGGAGCGGUUCCAUUAGCAUUUACGGUGACACGUUUCCGGAUGAAAACCUGAAAAUAAACGCGACAAAGCCGGGAUUCGUGGGAAUGUCCAAUUCAGGCCCAGACACGAACGGCUGUCAGUUUUUCAUCACGACCCGACCCACGCCGAGCCUGAACGGUAAACACGUUAUGUUCGGCAUCGUGACGGACGGUCAAAAACUCAUACACAUCAUCGAACAACAACUGACCGACCAUCUGGGUAGGCCGAUGAAAGAGAUCCGAAUAAAAAAAUGCGGCUUGCUGGACAAACGACCGCCGUUCGACGUCACCGACCACCCCCGCGAUUUGAAUCUAUGGAAAUGGAUAACCGCGUCUGCUUUGCCGAUAUCGAUGUCUGCAGCGAUUUUGCUUUUAUUUCAGUGGAUGAUUGCUCAAAUAAACAAAGUAAUUAUCUAACAGUUAACAGUCAUCGAGUACGUUUUCAAUAAUCAACUGAACUAAUUACAAUAUCGUACGAUCGAAUAAAACUACUAAGUAUUAAUUAUUGUUUGGCAACGUAUUUUUUUUUUUAAACUACACACUUACUUAUGUGUUAUGAGUUCGGUUUCCAUUGUACGUAUAAAAGAAAUAAACUAUUGUAAUUUAAAAUUCAUAUAUAUUUUGAUUUGUAAUAUUUCUUUUCUUUAUUUAUCAUCGCAGUCAUUUUCAGU